AGUAGCAAUUUUGGCUCAAUGCCAUGCAGCAUUCCAGUGCGGUAUGUAUCAUGUCGGCCACGAAGACCAUGCGCAAGAAGCCUGCUGCUUCUAUUGAGUUGCAUUCUCAACCAGCAAAGAAGAGUCGGCCAACCCAGACAGGCCCGUCAACUGAAGAUAACAAAUCCACAUCACUUGGGAAAGCAAAUUCGAGUGCCAGCGCAGAGGCGGCUUCUUCCAGCACACCUUGGUUUGAUGACACCAAAGUUGUGGAUCAAAUUCGUGAAGUGGAGGCCAUUCCUCCCGCCCUUUGGAAAGUGUCCGACCUUAUCCGCUUCUACCAACAAAACUCGACGCACCCUAUAUUGCUCUCGUGCUUGGCGGAUUCUCUUUCCAAGCUCACCGGUGGUCUCGAUCCACUGAAUCUCGCUUGUUUCUUUGAGGACACAGCGGUGGGGCGUGGACACGCUAACACAGUGCAUGCAAUUGUGAGUGCCAUGGUGGAGAGUGAAACGCACCAAGAGCCAGUGGAAUAUCGUGAAUACCUCCUACCUAAAGGUGUGACUGGCAAGGAUUGGGGAGAUGCGAUCACAGCAAUCUUCAACACUGGUGAUAGCAAUCUGGCGUAUUGCCAUGGCAUGGGCUCUGCCUCCACAGAUGUUGUGGACUUCAUUCGCCUGGCCACGCCUCUGAAAGGCAAGAGCUGCAAGACGGCAGACCUGGUGCCAUUAUUUUCAAAGCUCUGGCAGGGGCCAUUCUUAAGCGGCGAUUGGACAGAGGAAAUGCACCAGCUGCAUUCUUCCUACAUGCGCUUCAUUGAAGUUCGCCCUUGGUUGUACAAGGCCUUGGAUCCUGGGUUUGUCUUUGUAGAAGGCGCUCCUGCACAUCUUCUCGCAGGUUGGGUCGCAGCUGUCCCUCUUCAGGCUGGUGCGCCUUUGCCCGCAAUUCCUGGCGUUGUGCCAGCUGGACUCUCUGCCGCGCCAGUGGCUGUUCCUGGAUUUACAAACCUGUAUCAGGUUGGAGAUUUGGCACAGGUGCGAGCGGUGAUGGUUCACCUACGUCAGAGUGCAGUUGCAGCUGGGCAUCCUGGUGCUCAUCUUUUUGGGAUGUCAUGCCCGCUGGGUAAUUGCACGUACUAUUGAAUGCCAGAUAUAGUCGUAAGCGGGGGGGUCAUAUCCCAUGGCAUGAUUUUGCCCAUACCGCCUCGACUUUCAUAGAGCCACAAAAGUGUCCCUUGUGAGGGGUUGCAUAUUUUAACAUGUUUGAGGGCGUGUGGCUUCAUCAUCUUAGAGAUCCUGCGUGGAGGAGGUGGAGGAGGAGGAGUGGCACCAACAGCGCGAGCUGCGCGCUACGCGGGCUGAAAACCGACGUGCCGAUUUGCAGCGCGCCUUCGGCACUCUCCUGUAUUGCAGACUGCGGCGGUUUGGCGUGAUUCCACGGGGAGGCGGCAAUGGGGCGACUAUCUCAGGAGUCGUUGCCCCAGCCACACCGAGGAGAAGGAGCGGUGCCAGUCCGCGCUCGAUCGCAGCCCACAGGAGCGCUUUUGGAACCGCCAGGCGGAGGGCUCCCGUUGUUGCGGGAAGCCAGCUGCCGAGGAUGCACGACUUCCAGAAGUAGCAACCUACCGCCUUUGGUGAUGCAGCAGAGCGCUCGUCACCUGCUCGUGAGUUGUGAGCCCCGACGAGCAUUCCGUACAGAAACGUUUGGAGCCGCCGAGUAGCACAGAUUUGCACGAGAUCUUGUCAAAAACAGCAUUGGGUGCGCGUGGCGAUGCAGUAGGAAUGCGUCGCACGCACCCCUUCCAUGAGCAAGCAGCCGUUUCGCAGAUAUCGUCUUCCAAGGCUCCCAUCCUCGCGCCAUUGGGCAUAGACCCCUGUGCCUCCUGUCAGCAGAGCGCAUGAAGAA